UUGAUAAUGUAUUGAAAAAUCCCUGUCCAGAGUGCUUAUUGUCUGAAAUAUAUUGUUAGCGGUUUUUUUAAAAAGGAAUGAGUUAUCUGUUCAGAUCGAACAUCUUUUCUUGCUGCCCUGAGCCUGGCCAACAUUGUUCACGUUUUCUCUUAGAAUUUUGUGUCCAGCGUUCAUACUCUUUGGUUUUGCAAAGGCAACACAAUCACUAUGGCGAAGAUAAAAAAAAAGAGUAAACGACAAUCAACAAAGCAAAGAGUCAAAGUUGAAAGAAAGGUGCGGGAGCACAAAAGAAAGCUGAAAAAAGAGGCAAAGAAAAAUCCCAAGAAAGGCCGUGGCAAAGACCCUGGUAUACCUAACAUUUUGCCGUUCAAAGAGGAGGUUAUUAAAGAGGCUGAGGCAUACAAAGAAAGGAAAGAACAAGAGCGACUGAAGAAGAAGGCAUCACAGAAAAAAGCGAGAGAGAGACUUCAAAACCAGAACAGAAAUUUAGCUGGCAUUAUGAAAGAUGCCCAAAAGAGACAAGCGGCCUAUGACAAAAGGAUUGAAACUAGCAGUCUGACAGAGGACUUGCCAUCCAGCAAUGUAAGCAAGUCUGCAGAAAACUCAAGAAAAACGUUCUACAAGGAAUUUAGCAAGGUUGUGGAAACGGCAGAUGUUGUCUUAGAGGUAUUGGAUGCCAGAGACCCCUUGGGCAGCCGCUGUGUGGAGCUGGAAGAUGCUGUCAGGUCAGCAAACGGUGCAAAGAAGUUGAUACUUGUACUAAACAAAAUAGAUCUUGUUCCGAAAGAGAAUGUUGAGGCUUGGUUGAAGCACCUCAGGCUGGAAUUACCGACUGUAGCCUUCAAGGCUUCUACACAAGAGCAGCGGAAUCACCUGACCCAGUCAAAAGUGGAUUACUUUGUUGCUAGAGCUGAGCUGCUCAAGUCCAGUCACUGUCUUGGAGCUGAUGUUCUCAUGAAACUCUUGAGGAAUUACUGCAGGGAGACAGAAAUGUCAAUAAAUGUUGGAGUUGUGGGUUUCCCUAACACCGGAAAGAGCAGCAUUAUCAACAGUUUGAAGCGGUCGCGGGUCUGUGAUGUCGGGGCAGUACCUGGAAUUACAAGAGCUAUGCAGGGUGUUCAACUGGAUAAGCACAUCAAACUGCUGGACAGUCCGGGUGUUGUCCUCUCCACAUCCACCUCAGACGUUGCUGCAGUGUUGCGGAAUGUUGUCAAGCUGGAAGCUGUACAGGAUCCAGUCCCUUGUGUGGAAGCCAUUUUGAAACGUUGUCAGAAAUUUCAGAUGAUGCUCCACUACAAUGUUCCAGACUACAAGGACACAGUCGAGUUUCUCACUUUGCUGGCCCGCAGGAUGGGCAAGCUGAAGAAGGGUGGAGUUCCUGAUGUGACUCGUGCCGCACGAGUAUUACUUCAGGACUGGAACAGUGGAAAGAUUACAUAUUAUACAGCACCCCCAGAAAAAACAGAUGCAAAAGACUCAUCAGUUCAUAUAGAGGCAAAGAUUGUGUCCGGUUUUGCCAAGGAGUUUGACAUUAAUGAGAUUGCUGAAGACGAGGCAAAGAUGAUGAAAGACCUGCCCGCAGCUGGGGCCCAACACAUGCUAGUCCCGGGCAUGUCUCCUCUAACAGCUGUGCUCCAAGAGAAGGAUCUCGACAAGGAGGAUGAUGUUGUUGAUGAGGAUGACAUGGGAGAUGGCUCUGAUGAAGAUGAUGAAGAAAAUGCUGAUGAUGAAGUAAUGGAGGAUGACUCAAUAGAUGCUGAUGAGCUGAAAGGUGUGAGUGUGGUCCCUAGUGCCAGGAAGAAGCCAGGACUUGAAAAGAAAGCCCCAACUGCCCAGAUUGACUUCCGACACAGAAACUUGAAAGAGAGGAACUCUCUCAAAACUGUCGGAGGCCUCAUCACCAAGAAAGACAAGAAAAUUUUGGACAGAAAAACAAAAAAGAAGAAAAAGAAAGCUGAUGCAUUAGCUGGAAAAUUGUCAGAUGCGAUGACGUCUGCAUUGUCUGCACUGUGAUGGACUUCAACAUUUUUAUGAAGAUCAGACAUGUUGAAAAUUGAAAAUAAACAUUUUGUACAGUA